AUGGUCGCCCUGCCUCGCCGCCUCUCCGGCUACCUUGUCUUCCUCGCUGCCUUCGCCUUCCUCAUCUUCUGCCACGCAACGAGUCUAGACGCGAGUGCGUGGAGGAGGGGAGACAUCGACUUCACGGGUACACUCAUGAUCGUCACUCUCAAGCUCGUGGGGGCUGCUAUGGACUGCCAGGACGGCAGCAUGGGGCAGCAGGACGGCAGCAUGGGGCAGCAGGACGGCAGCAUGGGGCAGCAGGACGGCAGCAUGGGGCAGCAGGACGGCAGCAUGGGGCAGCAGGACGGCAGCAUGGGGCAGCAGGACGGCAGCAUGGGGCAGCAGGACGGCAGGGAGCAGGACGACAAACCGCCACGUGCCAGCAGCGCCUCCCCCAAUGCGCUCCCUCGCGUGCCCCCCCUGCUGCCGUUCCUGGGGUUUGUCUUCUUCCCUGCUGCCUUCCUCGUGGGGCCGCCCUUCCCCUUUGCUGCUUACCACGACUACGUUGAGGGACGAGGGCACUGGUCCACGCUCUACCCCCACCAGCAACCACCCGCACCAGCCGGCCCCGCCUUCCCUCCACGCCUGCUGCCAGCAUGCGGGGCGCUGCUCAAGGCGCUGCUGUGCAUGGCCGUCUACCACACGCUCUCUCAGCUCCUCCCACCCUCUGCGCUCACCCAGCCCGCCUUCUUUGCUCGCCCCUUCCUCAUCCGGUGCGCGCAGGUGGCGUUAACCCUCUUUGCGAGCAGGGCGAGCAACGCAAAUAUCUGGGUGGUGGAGGUCACGGGCAGUGGAGCGCAGCUGCCAUCGCACUGGAACAUCGGAGUCAGCAACUGGCUGCGCACCUAUGUGUAUGACCGCUUGACCCCCCCAUCAGGAAAGCCCACCCUCACAACGCUCCUUGUGACACAAGCUGUCAGCGCACUGUGGCAUGGCCUACAUCCAGGCUACUACCUCUUCUUCCUCUCUGCUGCCAUCGCUCAAGAUGCUUCCAAAUUGCUGCACCGCCUGCACCAGUCCAUCCCUCUGCACAGGCGGUGGCAGCGCGGCAUGGCACGGGUGGCACAGAUGCUCUACACGCGCAUGCUCGUGGGGUAUGCUCCACUCGGCUUCAUUCUCCUGCGGGCGGACCUCACAUUCAGAGUGUGGCGCUCGCUAUACUUCUUUGGCUCCAUCCUGCCUCUCCUGCUCUCCGCCUUGCUUCCUCCUCUCAUUCCUUCAUCCAACCGGCGAAAGAAAGAUUAA